AUGACAUCUUCAGGCUUGGUCCCCCCGUGGAAAUUAGCACCUCAGAACACCUAUAUCUUGAGAAAUGCAAAUAUAGUCAAUCCCAUUGACGGAUCUGUGUUGGAGGGUGCCACAGUUAGGCUUUCGGAGGGAACCAUUCAAUCAGUCACAACUACGCGAGCCAUCAAGCUGGAAGAACCACCCCAAGGUUCCGAAAUCACCGUAGAUCUCGAGGGAAAAUACGUAUGCCCCGGUCUUAUUGACGCCCAUGUUCACAUUGCAGCAGUGCCGGGAGAGAAGGAUCUUAGGGACACUCUAGGACUCGCGGAACAAAUUUCAUAUCUGCGGCAGCCCUACGUAUGUCUCCAGAUGAUCCGAAGAGGCUUUACCACCGUCCGUGACUGUGGAGGUGCGACCCUUGCGUUGAAGGAAGCAAUCGAAGAAGGUGUCAUUGUCGGACCUCGACUUUUCAUAGCAGGUAGACUGCUGACACAAACCGGCGGCAGCGCUGAUUCCCGCGGUCCCCAUGAUCACAGUGAAUGUUGCGGGGGACCUGAAUAUUUGGGCAGAGUUUGUGAUGGUAUUCCCGAAUGUAUCAAAGGCGCUAGAGAAGCGAUUAGAACUGGAUCCGACUUCAUCAAGAUCAUGACUGGUGGCAGCAUAACUGGCCUUUCCGAAAAAAUCACCAGCGUGCAAUUCAGCGCCGAGGAGAUUCAAGCCAUCACCACUGUUGCAAAGGACAGCGGGACCUAUGUCACUGCUCAUGCCUAUACUCCUGCUGCCAUUCGCCAUGCUCUAGAUAAUGGAGUCAUGGGCAUUGAACAUGGCAAUCUCUUGGACGCAGAGGUGGCAAAGUACAUGGCUGAAAAAGGGGCUUUUUUGACACCCACACUCACCACUUACGCCAUGGCGGCUUCUCCAGAUUUCGAGGGCUUCAUGUCGCAUCCUAGCAUGGAGGCCAAGCUUAAGGAAGUCCUAGGAGCAGGACAACGAUCGCUAAAAAUCGCCUCGGAUGCUGGCGUCCAUAUUUGCUUCGGCACAGACCUCCUUGGCCCUAUGGUCGUUGCGCAGACUAAGGAAUUCGCUCUGCGAGCACAUGUUCUCUCGCCUGUAGUCAUUUUACAGAGUGCAACCGUCACAGCGGCACGUCUGCUCGGGCAGGCGGAUUUCCUGGGGCAGAUCAAGUCAGGGUUUGCGGCGGAUCUGCUAAUCUUGAACAAGAAUCCAUUGGAGAACAUUGGGAUUUUUGACGAGCCUGAGAAACAUCUUCUAGGGGUAUUUAAAGACGGGCGUGUGCAAACAAGCCGGUGGUCGAAAUUGAGAGAGGAUAUCGUAGCUCCAGUGUCAAUUAUCCAAUAG